AUGGUCGAGCAAAACACCCCGAGUGGACAUGAUUCUACCCCCCGCAAGCAGACCAGUUCCAGUGCGCAGGUGAUAAAUGACAUUGUGCUGGGCUCCAACUUUGAUCAUGACGAAGUGGACCGGCUCUGGAAGCGGUUUAUGAAGCUGGACAGAGAUAAAUCGGGCACGAUUGAGCGCGAUGAAUUUCUUUCUCUUCCACAAGUCUCCUCAAAUCCUCUCUCAACACGGUAUGUCACCUACGUAUCCUCCUCUCCAAGGUCGCCGCUACCUUCUGAUAACCCUACAACUAGAAUGAUUGCUAUUUUUGACGAAGAUGGCGGCGGCGAUGUUGACUUCCAAGAAUUUGUCUCCGGGCUAUCGGCGUUCAGCUCUAAAGGGAACAAAGAGGAAAAGUUACGCUUCGCCUUCAAAGUAUAUGAUAUUGACCGUGACGGUUUCAUUUCUAAUGGUGAACUGUUUAUUGUGCUGAAAAUGAUGGUUGGGAGCAACUUAAAAGACAUGCAGCUUCAGCAAAUUGUCGAUAAAACCAUCAUGGAGGCUGAUUUGGAUGGGGAUGGGCGAAUAAGCUUCGAAGAAUUCACACGAAUGGUAGAAAACACUGAUGUGAGCAUGAGUAUGACGCUUGACCAAUUUUGA